GGCCGGUCCGUCGGACGUGCUGGCAACAGGUUCCACUGGUAGUGGGGGUAAUUUUCCCCAAUGUCCUCAGCUCGUGGAAUAAUAUCUCCCCAUCUUAGCGCUGCGUGGAUCUGCUGCUGAUUCAUGUCCAGAAACCUGGCGGAGGAAGAGACCGGGAACGCAGGUGCUGCUUAGAAAUAGGAAGUAAUAAUGGGAACUCCUUCCACUGACAGGAAGGCGCAGCUGGAUUAUGGCGUUCAGAUCCGCUUCAUCAAAGACCUCCACGACACAGGUGGAGUUCAACCUGAGAGAAUCAGAGCAAACAGUGCGACGCCUCCAUCCAGCAAGUAUGGGGUGGCUGUAAGGGUUCAGGGUAUCUCUGGGCAGCCGUAUGUGGUUUUAAAGGAUGGAGAGAAAGGGGACUCUUACGGAGUUCAGCUGUCUCAUCCUAAUCCCACUUCAGGGCCAGCGUCUCCAUACAACAGCAUCCAGAAGCUCGAUAAAGAGCCUACAGAUUUUCCAAACUCCUUCAGCCCUGUUGUCAGUUCCUCCCGCUCCCCUGUCUCCCCUGCAGAGGAUGAGGACGGGGACAUUUUUGGGAGUCCUCUUAGGAGACCUCCAGGGGACGGUCAGGCAGGAACUCAAGCAGAGGAGGAAGGUAGAGCUGGCCGAGAACGUCGGGCGGAGAGGCCCAAAGACGAACCGCAACUGAAAGCUCCAGUCAGCAAAACAGAGAAGAAAAUGAACGGCACAGAUAACGAGGAAUAUAACGAAGCUGGACUGAAACCUGUUAAAUUACAAUCUGUGGGACCUAAAGGGUUUAACCGAACUCCUUCAGGAUUUACCAGUUCUUUGGCGAGAAAGCCCAGCCAAGAUUCCUCCCCUAAAUCCAUCCCAGAUCCUUCACCACUAGCGGACAGCGAGCCCGCUCCAGCCAUCGACACUAAAUCCCUGGCGCCCAUCAAUAAACUCAUCAGCAAGUUCAACAACAGUGCGCCAAGCAGCGCCCCGCAGACAAGAGGCCGUACCGGAUUGAGGCAGCGGCUCCAGUUUGAUGAACGCAAGAGGUCAAGAAGUCUGGAUGCCCGGAAAGAUGCGCAGCCGGCAGCCAUCCCCGCUUCUCCUUCAUCUCCCCUUCUGAACCCUGAUGCCGCUUCCACAUCCGGUGCUUCCAGCUCAUUCAUGUCUUCUGUUCCGGCAACAGCUGCCAAGGCGAUGGCUCCCGGCGCCCCCAGGGCAAGCUUCAAAUCACCAGAGAAGUUUGUUGCCAAAGAAACGCCUCCUACCAUUGCAAAGAAACCUGAGGUCCUUUCAAGAAGUCAGAGCCAAAACACAGAGUUUAUUAAAAGAGAAGAGGCUCAAGUCAAACCUUCUAUUAACAGCUCCCUCAAAGAAAGCUCCAAUGAGGCUCAGAUUUUCUUCCAAAGAAAAGCCAGCCUGCCCACUGAGACGCCUGACAGAUUACAGAGGGGAGGAUCCGAUGGAGGCAUCAAAAAGGAGAAACUUGAGGAGCUUCAGAAGCAACUCGAACGUUACAAGAAGGAACUGGAGCAGGCGCAGGAUGAACUUACUGCAGAGCAAAUGGCCAGAGAGGUGGCAGAAACCCGUCUGCGCCUCCAGGAAGAUCAGUUGGCUCAGCUACAGGAGGAGCUGAGGAGGGUUUCAGAGAACCUACCCCAGUCAGACUCAUUUCAGUCGGAUGUGAUAAACCUGCAGACUCAGCUGGCUGAAGCCACCAUGUUAUACCAGCGCCAAGAGGAGGUGCUCCACCAACGAGAGCGGGAGCUGACGGCCCUGAAGGGGGCGCUGAAGGAGGAGGUGGAGUGCCACGACAGAGAGAUGGAGGCUCUAAGGGAGCAGUUCAGCCAGGACAUGUCGAACCUUCGAAAAAACAUGGAGGAGUUCACACAGUCACAGGAGCUGAUCGAGGAGGAGCGUGAGAAAGUGAAUGCUUCCCUGUUGGCGCUGGAAGAGGAGCUGGAGAGCAGCAGAGAUCAGGAGGAGCGGUUGAGAACAGAGCUUGAGUCCACCGCGCAGAAGCUAAACAACACCAGAGACGAGAAUGGAGAACAGUCCAGCAGCCAAACACUAAAAAAGUCUCUUUUGGAGAAGGAGAAGGUUGAGUGCUCCCUGAAGGAACUUCAGGAUUCUUUGGUUUCCACGAAGAAGGAAAAACCUUCAUCUGAAGAUACCAAUUCUUUAAAAGAGGAGCUACAGCGUUGUCAUGAUGAUCUGAAGCGAACCCGUGCAGAUCUGGACAGACAAAAGGGUGAGAUAGAGGAGAAAACCAAGGCACUUGAAGCCCUGAAGAAGGCGAGCGGCGAGAAGGAGGCAGAGUUUCUGUCUGAGAUUAGCAAACUGAAGGAGCAAUUUCACAGAGACAAGGCUGAGCUGGAAAAGGCCCUUGAGAGGGCGAAGGAGGCGUCUGUUACGUCUGCUGGAAAGACUGUGGUGGAUGGCGGCGCCAACGAGGAGCUGCAGCAGGAAAACACUCGCCUCAAAGAGAAGCUGGCCCGCAUGCAAACAAGGCUUCAGUCGAGCAUGCCGCGUAGUUCAGACGCUGAAGAGGAGCUGGAAGCUCUGGAAGAUGAGAACCGCUCCCUCAAGUCUCAGCUGGAGGAGGCCAAAAGGGGCGCCAGCCGCCUGAGCAAAGAGCGGGAUGACCUCACCCGCCGGCUGGAGGAACGAGACCUGGAGAGGGAUGCGCUGAAACGGGGGAAAAGCGACCUGGAAGAGCAGAAGCGGCUGUUGGACCGAGCUCUGGAGAAGAUCAACAAGGAGAUGGAGCUGAUGAUGGGAGACUCUCGUCAGUCGGUGGCCAGCCUGCAGACACAGCUGGAUGAAUUCAGGGAGCGAUCCAGGAAAGACCUGCUGGAGGCGCAGCGUAACAGCAAGGACAGGCUGGCUGAGCUCCAGAGGGCUCAGACCAACCUUAAGACCCAGCAAGAAGAGAUUUCUCGUCUUAAGAAGGAGCUGUUAACAUGCAAUGAGGAGAGAGACAGCGCUCAGCUGGAGAGAGAUCUCCUGAACAACCGACUGAAACACUUGGAGAAGGAGCUGGAAUCUGAGAAGAACUCCCACUCAGACCGAAGCCGGGAGAUCCGGGGCCUGGAGGAUAAAAUCAAGACUCUGGAGAUCGAGUUGGAUGAAGAGAAGAGCAGCGUGGAGCUGCUGAAUGAUCGCAUAACCAGAAGCAGAGAUCAGGUGGAUCAGCUUCGUUCUGAGCUUAUGCAGGAGCGUUCAGAGAGACAUGACCUGGAAAUGGACAAGAGUGCCCUGGAAAGACAGGCAAAAGAGCUAAAGUCCCGCCUGGCAGACAUGGAGGGACAGACCCGACCCACAGCUGGAAUCACCCUGCUGGAAAGCAAAAUCCAGGAGCUGGAGGAGAGACUCCGCAGUGAAGAAAGGGAGAAGACGAGUAUCCAGGGGUCCCAGAGACGAAUGGAGAGAAAACUGAAGGAACUGAAUGCCACAUUAGACCAGGAGAGAAGCCAACAUAUUGAGCAGAGGGAUCAGCUGACCCUCCGUGUUAAGGCCCUGAAGCGACAGCUGGAUGAGAGCGAGGUGGAGGUGGAGCGCUUGGAGGGAGUCCGUCGGAAGGUCCUCAGAGACCUGGAGGAGCAGCAGGAACUCCAGGAAGCUCUGCAGGCCAAAUGCACAGCACUGGAGAAUGACCUGAAGCGUAAGGCGCAGCAGAUUAAUCGGACAAUCCUGAGCUCAACUACAUUGAGCUCCGACGAGGAGGACGGCUUCUAUGACAGCGGGAAGACCCCUCCAUCCUGAGCCAGAAAAAAUCCUCAAAAAAAAAAAAAAAAAACACUUGCUAGAAAAGAAAAAGAAGCAGGAGGGAAAA